AUGUCCUCCCCUCUGCGUCCUCAGUUUUUCUGCGCCAGACCUAAUGGUACCCUUGUUCCUCUUAUUGCUGUUGAUGAGCUUCCUAUCCAUGUCAAUAUUCGUUCGGCACCACGCGUUCUUUCUCCAGGUGAUACCCAGGGUAUGACCAGCCUUGGUACCGUGGGCCCUCGUUGCUCGUUCUAUGUUGUGGAGAGUACUCUUCCCUUCUCUCGUUUCCAGUUUCCAGUCGAUGUCCCCGGCCAGCGUGCGAGGGAGUAUGGCAACCAAGGUCAAGGCCCCGCGCCCAGAUACAUGCCGGAUGAAAACAGUGCUGCUCCACAGCAGCGUCUGGCUAUUCAGCCUAUGUAUCCUCAGGGCAAUGGUCAGAACUGGGGGAUGCCUACUCCACCUCCGAACCACGGUUGGAUUGUGCCCGCUAGCAUGGGUACUGCUCCUAAUGCUGGCACUGUUGCUGGUCACGCUGCUGGAAACAGUGGCGGAACCCCCAGACAGGGCAGUCAUCAGAAGAAGGAAUACUGUUCUUAUUGGAUCCGUCACGGGGAGUGCGACUAUCAGCAGCAAGGCUGCCUGUUUAAGCAUGAGAUGCCCACCGAUCGCUCCAUGCUCGAGAAGCUUGGUCUGCGCGACAUUCCUCGUUGGUACCGUGACAAGUACAACGUCCCAAGCCUUUUGUCUGGCGGAGGCAACCAGACCCGUGAGUCGCGUGCUCUGGCCGGCUUGCUCGACGACACUGCUUCCGACCGCGGUGCUGCGAGGGGCUCUCGAUUGGCAAUCAGUGCAACUGUUGAGCAUUCCGAGACUGAAAGAAGUAACAAGGGCAAGGGCGCUGUCUCCAUGCACCAACCGACUCCUCUUGCGCUUCCAGGCCGCCCCAACUUCAGCAAUGUCAGCUCGCCUAGAAGUUCUGCUCACUCUCACGGUUCCAAGCAAGCACAGGGUGCACAGCUUCAGACUUCUAGCUCACACAUCCGCAACCAGGGCGGCCCAGUGCAUGCUUCUGCAUCCCAGAAUCGGGUUCCGAAUGUGAACAAUAAGAAGAUUGACCUGCUCUCCUUCGAUCCUUUUCCUGAUUACACAUCAGCCGAUCUGAGUCAUUCUGGUCAACAGAUUAUCUCUGAUCCCAAAGAGCGUGCCAAGCGUGACGAGUUCUUACGUGGCCUGCAUGACAUGUUCGCAGCUACCACCGUGCCUGGAAAGACCAACGCGGUGCCUGCCGAUACUGACGUCUUCGCAAGUCAGCCUCGCCCUAAACGCGUGCAACCCAAGUCUCGUCGCCUGUUCCAGGACCGUCCUCCCGCUCCUAGUGGAGGUACGGAGACCAAUGCCUCGGAUGCCAACCAGAUUCGCCAGCAGAGUGUCCGCCUCUACAACCUUGCUGCUGAAGCUAUCAAAGACUUCGACGAUGACGAUGACUUCUUUGUGGGUCCCAAGUCCGGCGUCGUGCAGGGAACUCCCAGGUCCUCCGAGUCUCCCCGCCACCGCCGCUCGUCCUCGACAGAGUCGUGCCUCUCGUGCUCCGAGCCUAGCCCUACUGCCUACCUCAACAGCCGCGCCAGAAACAACGACGGCGACGGACGUCUGAAGCCGCUCCUUCCUCCUAUCGGCGUGUUCACUCAUAAGAACCCUACCGUCCUCAAACGUCCCGCCGUCUCCUCCGACGACAUUUUCGGCAUGGGCGGAGGACGUGCCAAGUAA